GAAACCCUUCUUCUAAUAACUCCAACUCUAAACUACUCCUUCUCAUAAACAUGCAUACUAAUAAAUAAUUUUCCAAUACGGUGAAAAUGAAUCAACCCAUCAAUUUGAUUUCUGCGCUGCACCGAACCACUCUCAACGAGUCUAUCCGCGAUACUCUCGAUACUUCUCGACCCCUCAUCACUCAUCUCAAUGCUGACACCACAUGGCUUCUUUCAAUACCCUACCCCGACGCAGCGGAAAAUUUGUUCAAGAAAGCAUAUUAUCAUAUAUUAAUCGACCCAUGGUUACGUGGUGGUCAAAGUGAUGUUGCUGCAUUCUUCAGUCAGCAAUGGCAUGCCAAUCCCAGCGCAGUGCAAAGCAUCGCAGAGAUUGAAGGGUUCAUCAAGAAUAUUGAAGAAGUUGUGCAUAAAAAGGAAAUUGUGAGCGAUAGAAGCUGGAUUGAUGCAGUAGUGGUGAGCCAUGAAUUCACAGACCAUAUGCACAAGGAAACUCUACUCGAAAUUGCGCAUACAGUUCCGGUAUUUGCGACUUCGAAAGCUGCGGCGGCGAUAACGUCUUGGGAACACUUCGACCACGUGGAAGAAAUACCCCGGUUUGGUGGUGAUUGGAAAGAAUCUUCUACAGAGUGUUUACCGGGUUGGGUGGGUAUAUCGAGGGUUGCGAAAGCGGGGGAGGAUUUGCUCUAUUACCAUUCUGCUAUCAUGAUUACGUUCUCGACAUCUUCGGAGAGGAAUACUUCAGGUGGAGAUGCGAACGAUAAUGUUCCUGAAGCAGUGAUAUAUACACCUCAUGGAAUCGACCCUGGAGAUCUUACACUGGUGGGAAAUGCUCAACCGCCUAUUCGAACCCUCGCGUUACUACAUGGAUUACAAGAUAUUUCGUUACCUCGAGCACAAUUGAAUAAAGGAGCAUAUAAUGGAUUGAAGGUUCAAAGGCUGUUAAAUGCAAAGUACUGGGUUGGUACGCAUGAUGAGGUCAAGGUGGGUGGAGGAAUUGUGAGCUGGUUUCUGAAUCGUAAGGUUGUGACGCUGAAGGAAGCGUUGGAGAGAGAAGUUGCGGAGAAUGGAGAGAGUGGUGAUGUAAAAAAGGUAGGGGAUAUUAAGUUUUUGGAAGUAGGGAAUGGCGAGAGUUUAAUUUUGAUAUAAUGGCUUUUCAUUUCAUUCCAAGCGGAGCGAUCUUUGCAAAUACUGUAUAUUUCUA